GUUGAAGCGAGUUCAGUUGAUAGUUUGCCGGCCUGAAAAAAAGUAACCAAGGGAAAACUGUGAAAUAAUAUCAGCUCUGUUCAUUUUUUAAGAGCUGCUACAAUUGAGAAGUGUUGAUUUCCAAAGUGCUGAAGAAGAAGUGUCACCCACAAUGGCUGCAAAACUGAGAAUCGCAAUUAUUGGACAGAGCAACUUUGCGGCGGACGUCCUGGAGCUCUUGCUGGAGCGUUCGAAUGUCCAGAUCGUUGGAGUCUUCACGAUUCCCGACAAGGGCAGUCGCGAGGACAUUCUGGCGACCACUGCCGCCGUGCACAAGAUUCCUGUCUUCAAGUUUUCGAGCUGGCGUCGCAAAGGUGUUGCCAUUCCCGAGGUCCUGGAACAAUACAAGUCGGUGGGCGCCACCCUGAACGUCCUGCCCUUCUGCUCGCAGUUCAUUCCCAUGGAGGUGAUUGACGGCGCCCCACUGGGCAGCAUCUGCUACCAUCCCUCCAUCCUGCCACGUCACCGCGGAGCCAGUGCCAUUUCCUGGACCCUGAUCGAGGGCGACGAGGUGGCCGGCUUCAGCAUCUUCUGGGCGGACGACGGCCUGGACACGGGACCCCUGCUGCUGACCCGCCAGACAAACGUGGAGCCCACGGAUACGUUGGACACCAUAUACAAGCGCUUCCUGUACCCUGAGGGUGUCAAGUCCAUGGGCGUGGCCGUGGAUAUGGUGGCCAGUGGGUCGGCUCCCAAGAUAACCCAAACGGAGGUGGGUGCCACCUACGAUCCGGCCAUGUUCAAAGCGGAAAAUCAGGUGAUUAAUCUGAAUGCUCCAGCGGAGAAGAUUUGGAACUUUGUCCGAGGUCUGGACUCGGUUCCCGGAGCCUUAGCUACUGUUUUGCAAGAGGAUGGCUCGGAGGAGGAGAUCCGCCUUUUCGGAGCUCAUCUGUACUCCGCGGGCCCCGUAACAAAUGGCCAGCGAUUGAAACUGAAGGGUCUAAGCAAGUCGGCCUGGAUCCACAGCGCUGGCCUCCUCAUCGAAGGAACCGAUGGGGCCUUCGUCAACAUUCGCCGGAUCAAACGCGGCUCCAAGGUGAUCAGUGCCAGUGACUUCUUCAAGCAGGCCGAGCACCAGCCCAUCACCGACUUCACUGAGGAGGAGCUGGGCAAGCGCACCUUGUUGGCCGGAAUUUGGACGGCCAUUCUAAAAGCAGACAUCGAAUCCUCCACGGAUUUCUUUGCCGCUGGCGCCGGCUCCAUGGACGUGGUGCGUCUGGUGGAGGAGGUGAAGGAGGUCUUCGAUGUGCCGCUGGAGAACGAGCAGGUUUUCAUGGCACCCGUCUUCGAGGAGUUCUUCGAUCAGCUGGUGAGGAUUCUCCGCCAGGGCAGCGGCGCCUCGGGGGGCCAGCAGCUGGACUUCAAGGGCUUCACGCUGAGGGCCAACAAACGGGUGAUCCAAGUGCCCAGCCAGCUGUUCAUCAACGGCGAGUUUGUGGACGCCGAGGGUCAACGCACCUUGGACAUCAUAAAUCCCAGCAAUGAGGAAGUGCUCUGCCAGGUGGCUUGCGCCUCCUCCGGCGACGUGGACAAGGCGGUCCAGGCGGCCCACACUGCCUUCAAUGGAUCGUGGAAACAGAUCACGGCCAGGCAGCGUGGCCAGCUGAUGCUCAAGCUGGCCGAUCUCAUGGAGCAGCACAAGGAGGAACUGGCCACCAUUGAGUCCGUGGACUCGGGAGCAGUCUACACACUGGCCCUGAAGACCCACGUCGGCAUGUCCAUCGAUGCGUGGCGCUACUUUGCCGGCUGGUGCGACAAGAUCCAGGGCAGCACGAUUCCGGUUAACCCGGCGAGGCCCAACAACGUGCUGACCUUCACCCGCAAGGAGCCCAUCGGUGUCUGCGGCCUGAUCACGCCCUGGAACUAUCCCCUGAUGAUGCUGUCCUGGAAAAUGGCCGCCUGCAUUGCCGCCGGCAAUACAUGCCUGAUCAAGCCCGCCCAGACCUGCCCCCUGACGGCUCUGAAGUUUGCCGAGCUGACUGUCCGGGCUGGAUUUCCUCCGGGAGUGAUCAAUGUCCUGCCUGGCAAGGGAUCGGAUGCCGGCCAGGCUGUCGCCGAUCAUCAACUGGUCCGCAAGCUGGGCUUCACCGGCUCCACGCCCAUUGGCAAACACAUUAUGAAGUCCUGCGCCGACUCCAAUCUCAAGAAGUGUUCUUUGGAACUGGGCGGCAAGAGUCCGCUGAUCAUCUUUGCCGAUUGCGAUAUGGACAAGGCAGUCAAACACGGCAUGUCUUCGGUGUUCUUUAACAAGGGUGAGAACUGCAUCGCCGCUGGCCGGCUGUUCGUAGAGGACAGGAUCCAUGACGAGUUCGUCAGGCGCGUUCUCAAGGAUCUGCGCACCAUGACCAUCGGCGAUCCGCUGAACCGGUCGACGGCCCACGGACCUCAGAACCACAAGGCGCACUUCGACAAGUUGCUGGAGUUCUGCCAACGCGGAGUGGACGAGGGUGCGCAACUGGUGUACGGGGGAUGCCGAGUGCCCAAUCUCAAGGGAUACUUCUUCACUCCCACGGUGUUCACGAACGUAACGGACGACAUGUACAUUGCCCAGGAGGAGUCCUUUGGACCCAUCAUGAUAAUCUCCAAGUUCAAUGGCAGCGACGUUGAUUCCCUGAUGCAGCGCGCCAAUCGCACGGAGUACGGCCUGGCCAGUGGCGUCUUCACCAAGGACAUCGGCAAGGCUCUCAGCUUCGCCGACCGCAUCGAUGCAGGCACUGUGUUCAUCAACGUUUACAACAAGACGGACGUGGCCGCUCCCUUCGGGGGCUUCAAGCAGAGCGGCUAUGGCAAGGACCUGGGUCAGGAGGCGCUCAACGAGUACCUCAAGACCAAGUGUGUGACUGUUGAAUACUAGUUAUGUUUGACGACUUAAGGGAAGGAGAGGAAAUGAAAUCCCAAAAGGGCUAAGCCCAAGAAUAAAAAGACUUAAUAAUUUGCUUAGCUCAUAGUUAAACGAUUGUACUGAACC